AUGAUGGAAAGAAUAAGAAAAGAGAUGAUCCUGAUGGAGAGAGGACUGCACAGCCCUACAGCUGGCAAAAGGCUCUCGAAUUUGUCAGACUCAGCUGGAAAUGCGGUGCUGGAGGCCCUUGAAAAUUCUCCGCACAGUGGUCGCCUCAGCCCGAGACUGACUGCCGCCUCCCUGCACAGCUCUAUAGGGGACAUCUCCGCCAAAGGCAAAUUUGAAAUAGACACUUUAUUUAAUCUUCAGCAUCCGAACAGUGAAAACACCGUCUCCUCCGAAAUCCCGCCGUCGGAAAGCAGGAAGAAAAUCAGCCUUUAUUCCGAAGUUGCUCAAGAGGCAGAUAUGAACAGUGAUGUGGAGGUGGGCUGCUCCGCACUCCGCUCCCCAGCCAGCCUGACUUCCUCCCAGCUGAAGGAAAACAGUAACAAAGGCUACGCGGAGAGCAGCCCGGCGCCCAGCACCCCCGCCGUCGCCGCCCCCGCCGCUGGCAUCGGCAGCCUGCACGGCGGAGGAUCGCUGGGAGGUUCGGCGGCGGGGGCCGACCAGGUGCGGCGGUACCGGACCGCCUUCACCCGCGAGCAGAUCGCCCGCCUGGAGAAGGAAUUCUACCGCGAGAACUACGUGUCGCGGCCUCGGCGCUGCGAGCUGGCAGCCGCCCUCAACCUGCCCGAGACCACCAUCAAGGUGUGGUUCCAGAACCGGCGGAUGAAGGACAAGCGGCAGCGCCUGGCCAUGUCCUGGCCCCACCCGGCCGACCCCAGCUUCUACACCUACAUGAUGACCCACGCGGCAGCCACGGGCAGCCUGCCCUACCCCUUCCAUUCCCACGUUCCACUUCACUACUACCCGCACGUCGGGGUCACCGCCGCCGCCGCCGCAGCAGCCGCCUCGGGGGCCGCUGCCGCCCCCUUCGCCACAUCGAUCCGCCCGCUGGACACCUUCCGCGCCCUGUCUCACCCCUACUCCCGCCCGGAGCUGCUCUGCAGCUUCCGACAUCCCGGCCUUUACCAGACACCGGCUGCCGCCGGCCUCAACAGCAGCGCGGCCGCCUCGGCGGCUGCUGCGGCGGCGGCAGCUGCGGCUGCAGCGGCGGGCUCGGGGCCGCCGGGGGGCUCAGCCCCCUGCUCCUGCCUCAGCUGCCACAGCAGCCAGACGGCGGCGGCGGCGGCGGCAGCCUCGGCUCUGGGGUCGCGGGGAGCCGCCGCCGCCGCCGACUUCCCCUGCACGGCGACGGGGCAGCGCUCGGAGAGCGGCUUCCUGCCCUACUCGGCCGCCGUGCUCAGCAAGGCCGCGGUGGCCUCGCCGGAUCAGCGGGAGGAGGCACCGCUCACCAGAUAA